AUGCAGAUAUCCCUCUUGUUAAUCAUGAGCGAGACAGCUAUAUUGAGACUUUUAUUGACAAUUCUUUUUGUUAGUUUAAUUCAUGGUCAAGUGACAGCAAAUGCAACAGCAAAUGCCACAGCUAAUGUCACUGUUUCUGCUGUUGGAAUGGUAAAUAUGACAAAUACAACUGCUCAUACUACAGUACAUACUUCUCCUGGAUCAAUGAGAGCAAUGAUACACCAAAAACCAACUGAACAAGUCAUUUCAACAGCUAAAUUAAUGUCAACACCUCGUCCAUCUAUGUUUCAACAGGAUUCUACUGGAGCUCCUAGACCGUGCAUUAAAACUAGUUGGUCAUGUAGUCUCAUUCGUCCAUGUUGCAAAGGUCCAUGUAAACAGUCAAGAAGAUGUCCUUAA